AUGAGAAGUACAUUGGUGGGUUCCAAAUCGAUCGUACGAUCAUGUAAAAUAAAAACAUUAUUGGAACAGCAAUCUAUUUUCAACAUUAUUCGUUCGGAAUGUUUGUCACUGACAGGUCGUUCCACUGGAUGUCAUCCAUCAAAAUCUCUACAAAAAAAAGAAGAAACCGGCGACAAGUGCAAUAAACAAGACGUUUUCCCAACAGCUGUGACAUAUAAGUUAAUGGAUUAG